GAAUGGGUUGAAGAAAAAAAAAGACAUUAAUCAGCGAGGGGUUUGGACUUCGCGAGCUAUAUAAGCUAGUCACAGCCACUGCUUGGCCACUUGGACAACGUCGCCGUACACUCUGACCAACAAAAUGGACUUUUACCUGCUACUGUCUGUGGUGAUGUUUGUAGUUGGCAUGCCUCUUGCGGCUGAAACCUUGAAAUUAAAAAGAAAUGCACCAGGGUGUUUGAUAGAAGGCCGGAUGUACGCUGAGGGUGAAACAUUCAACAUUCCUGGAGUUUUCAAAUGUAUCCGAUACACAUGUGAAAAUGGUGCACACAGGAUUGCAUCUGAAGGUUGUGAGUGGAACGGAACUUGUGUCCCAGUGAAUGGUUUAUUUUUUGACGGCUGUAGCGUGAAACAGUGCAGCAAGAGGACCAGGAACUAUCACGACCAAUACGUCGUGGAUGUUGUACUGCCACGAUGUAGAGACUACUUAGGUACUUGUCGAGGUCCCCAAGAUCACUAUUCUGACGAGAUCAAUGGUCGAGUGUUUGACAGCUGUCACUGCUAUGUUUCUGGAGACUUCGCAGAGACUUACUGUGACUAAACAUCUUGGCGUUGCUGCUGCUGCUGCAGUUUGUUGUUGGGAGAACUACGACCUUUCACUUGUAGGCUUGAGAGAAAAAUCAUGCACAAUUUUUAGUUUUUUUUUUUAAUUCAAAACGAGGCCAUUAGGUUACAACUAAAGCAUCACGAGACAACACAUUUAUAAAGGCCUAAUAACUAACAACUUCCAAACUAAAGCCAUUUGCUAGAAUAUCGUCAUUUAAGUUUCUUUGUGCUGUACAGUGUAUUAGCAAGUGAAACCAUUUUUUUUCUUAUUUGAUGAUUGAACAUGUUAUUAAAUCUGUUUUGUUUCUAAUAAUCACAAAUAAAAAAGUUAUAUUUUUUAAGCUACAUAUUCCUUGAAUGUAAACUUCUGCAAUGAAUUGUUUUUAGCUCUGUUAUAACACUAGUUAUUUGGAGAUAUUAAUGCCAAUCAGAAAUAUAUAAAAUAAAUUGUUUCAUUAAAAUGUUC